AUGGAGGCUGGAGAUUUGCGGAUCCUCUCCCCGGAGUGUCUGGCUGGCAGAGCGGAGGUCCGGCCGGGGCAGCUGCAGAGGCAAGACCAGCUGGCCCCUGGACGCCAACGUGGAUGCAUUGUGACCAGACCAAGGGACGCGGCCAGUAAGGCCUUACAUGAUCUCAAGGUGCGCGUCUCCUACUUCGGGGGGCAGGAGGCUGGCGCCCUGGGCCACAGCGUGCUUUACCUUACCGCUGUCGAUGUGUCCCUGGACGUCGACACGGGUCGCACGGGCAAGGUGAAGAGGAACCACUACGACAAGAAAACCUGGCGCUGGGGCCCUGAGGGCUAUGGGGCUGUCCUGCUGGUGAACUGUGACCGGGACAGUGUCGUGUCCGCGGGGCCCGACCUCACCAACAGCCAGCUGGCAACACUGGAUGACCUGCAGGACAUGUCCCCCAUGGUGCUGAGCUGCGACGGCCCAGACAGCCUCUUCGACACCCACAAGCUGGUCUUGGAUGUGCCGUUUUCUGAUUCCAGAAGAGUGGGGGUCUUCUGCGCUAGGGGUGGGACUUCCCUUGAGGACUACAAGCAGGUACUGGGACCUCAGCGUCUGUCCUACGAAGUUGAGCGGCAGCCGGGGGAGCGGAAGAUCAGCUUCUUUGUGGAGGGACUCGCCUUCCCCGACGUUGAUUUCUUGGGGCUGGUCUCCCUCAGUGUCAGCCUGGUGGACACGGGGACUCUGCCUGAGGUGCCCCUCUUCACAGACACCGUGGCCUUCCGCGUGGCCCCCUGGAUCAUGACCCCCAACACCCAGCCCCCCCUGGAGCUGUACGCGUGCAGUGUGGUAGACUCCCAUGGCUCAAAUAAGAAAUUUCUGGAAGACAUGUCUGACCUAGCGUUGAAAGCCAACUGCAAGCUGAUCAUCUGCCCUCAGAUUGAAAAUCGAAAUGACCGCUGGAUCCAGGACGAGAUGGAGUUUGGCUACACCGAGGCCCCUCACAAGGCCUUCCCAGUGGUCUUUGACUCUCCCCGAAACAGAGGCCUGAAGCAUUUCCCCUACAAGCGGAUCCUGGGUCCCGACUUUGGAUAUGUAACCCGGGAGAUCCUAUUCGCUGGUGCCUCUAGCCUUGACUCUUUCGGCAACCUGGACGUCAGCCCGCCCGUCACAGUGGAUGGCCAGGAGUACCCCCUGGGCCGGAUCCUCAUCGGCAGCAGCUUCCCCAAGUCCGGUGGGAGGCGAAUGGCCAAGGUGGUGCGGGACUUCCUCCAGGCCCAGCAGGUGCAGGCGCCCGUGGAGCUCUAUUCCGAUUGGCUCUCCGUGGGCCACGUGGACGAAUUCCUGAGCUUUGUGCCCACCUCUGACCAAAAGGUCAACAUGGUGGUCUUAGGCAAGCACCUGGGCAUCCCCAAGCCCUUCGGGCCCAUCAUCGACGGCCGCUGCUGCCUGGAGGAGAAGGUGCGGUCCCUGCUGGAGCCACUGGGCCUCCGCUGCAUCUUCAUCGACGACUAUUUGUCCUACCACGAGCUGCUGGGGGAGAUCCACUGUGGCACCAACGUGCGCCGGCAGCCCUUCUCCUUCAAGUGGUGGCACAUGGUGCCCUGA